CUCCCUUCCCUAAUAUUAGUUGGACGCCGUAUUUUGCGAUUCGCGAAUUACUUAAAUUGGUUUUUGUGUUUAUACUACAAAAAUAGCACAAUAAAAAAAAUAGCAAUAUGUCCACACCAAAUAACGAAGCCGGUGGCGGUAACUUAAUGGACGAGUUCGAGGAAGCCUUUCAAGCCUGCCUGCUCUCGCUAACAAAACAAGAACCUAACUCCGGCACCAACAAGGAGGAGAUCGAAUUGGAAGUGCAAAAGACAACAAAUCGCUUCAUCGAUGUGGCACGUCAAAUGGAAGCUUUCUUUCUGCAAAAAAGAUUUCUCGUUUCCACACUUAAGCCGUACAUGCUCAUCAAGGACGAGAAUCAAGACCUCAGCAUUGAAAUUCAACGUAAAGAAGCCUUGCUGCAGAAGCACUACAAUCGUCUGGAGGAGUGGAAGGCAUGCUUAUCCGACAUCCAGCAGGGCGUACACAAUCGUCCCACACAACCUAUGAUGGCGGGGCCUUGUCCCACCGGCAUGCCACCAAUGGGAGGUCCUGGACCACGUCCUGGCAUGAUGGGUGGCAUGCCGCCAGGUGGAAUGCCGCCGGUGGGGCAGAUGCAGCCAGGACAGCAGCAUCUGUUGCAGGCGCAGCAAAUGCAGCAGUUACGUAUGAUGGGAAAGCUGCCGCCCAAGUAAAUUAGUUAGUAACUUUAAUCCUAAGUCAAAUUUUAAUAAACUUAUAAAAAACAA